CUGCUGCUCUUGUCAGGCAAUAUGCAGGGACAGUUGUAUAGUACCUGGAGCUGCAGUCAAUGAAAUUGAGUUGGCUAGAAGAUUGAAAGAAUUCUCCUUUAAGAAAACAGGGUGAUCUAUUAAUUCGCUCUGCUUUUACUUAUUGCAUGAUUAUGUGUUUCACUUGCAUGAAUGGCAUAUGAGAAUAUUUGUGCCUUAAUAGCAGUUUACCUGCCUAACCAUUAUGUCUUUAGAGAAACACUUUCUAAUCUUAUAAAGGGAUUGUUCUGGAUAUGUGUCAAUUGAAGCAAUGUUUGCAUUAUUGUUUUAUAUUACUUAUCAAUGUCUCACAUUUGUCAUGUAGAUUUUGAUCUCUGUUUCUCCUAUAGAUUUUGGAAUUUAUGGUAGAUCUAUAAGUACUAGAUGAGGCUAUUAAUAUUAAAAUGGGAUAUUUUGCAGAUUGUACCAGGAUGCCAUUGCCAAGUUCGCUGAAAGUUUUGAAGUGGUACCAAGAACCCUGGUAGAGAAUGCUGGAGUCAAUCCAAUUGAUAUCAUAUCCAAGUUGUUUGAGAAACAUGCACCUGGAAAUAGCAAAGUGGGCGUUGACUUGGGGGUUUUUUGCUCUCAAAUAUGCUGCAGAUGCAGCCUGCACUGUGCUACGAGUAGAUCAGAUUAUCAUGGCAAAACCAGCUGGAGGUCAAACAAGGAGAGAUCAGCCUGAAGGAAUGGUUGAAGACCAAGUCUUUUGCAGCAUGAUCGAUUGCCUUUCUCUUGUAUCACUUGAAAGAAAAAUUUUGCUUGUGUUUGAGAAUUUUAUGAUAGGUGGUGAUGAUUUGUGUUUUUAGUUAUAUCAAUAAACAAUAUGGGCUAAGAACUGAAAUGCAGAGUUAAUGAGCAUAUUUGACACUAGGAACUGGAUAUUCUUGAUGCGAAACUAAAUCAGAUAUGAUAUUCUAUGAAUAUUUUGUACAUAUGAAAAAAUAUAGUUGGAUAAAAGAGAAAAAGUGCCAGAAGACCGAGCUAUCACUGGUUUCCACAAUAGAGAUAAAAA